GCUAUUCUUCUUCUUUUUGCUGUUGUGGGACGGAGCCUCUCAUUUUGGCCUUUGACAUUACAUAAGUCGUUCUUGAUAUUAUUUAUCUGAAUUUGCAAUAAUGGCAUCCGUCGCAACAAAAGCUGCAGGCGGCGGCGCCAUGCAGUGGCUCCGCCGCUGGGCCUACAGCGCCUCCGGUUUCAACAAGCUCGGUCUCUGGCACGACGACUGUCUGUAUGAGGACGACGAGGUGAAGGAGGCCGUCCGUCGCCUGCCGGAGCGUCUCCAGGACGACCGCACGUUCCGCAUCACUCGCGCCAUGCAGCUGUCACUCUCACACCAGAUCCUGCCCAGGGAACAGUGGACUACCUUUGAUGAGGAUAUCCGGUACCUGAAGCCCUACCUCGAGGAGGUCCGGAAAGAGAACCGCGAGAAGGCAGAGUGGAGCAAGAAGUGAGAGGCUGGGAGCGGCACUAGUGAAUUGCGCGUGAGGUCUGUGGUCGGGACGGUGGGUGACGCUCCAUUGACAUCUGUCCUGAUGUCGGCUCACCGUGCGCUCUCCUAUUGGGGACAGCAGCGUACCUCGGCGGUGCGGGUACGCAAUGAGAAUGACCGACACAAUAUAUGUACAUAACUAG